CUUACUGUGCUGCCAGUUCGGCGACUCGGCGUCUUGGAAAGACCUCGGCAUCUCGCCACCCUUUGUAAUCAUCGGCUUAGUGUAGCAUCGAAUACUCAAGAAGUAAUCAAGUCGCUCUGUAUUUAAGACCGCAGAAUCUCAGGUUCGGGUCAGUUAAUAUCAGCAACAGUAUCUCCAUUCGAACUCUCAUCAUUCAAGAUCACCGCGCAAUCGCAAAACACCUACUUCAACCAUCUUGCAUAUCCUCUAAUGGCGGCCUCAACACCUAUUCCCAUCCUCACUAUUUCCCUUGCUCGUUAUCUCCACGGGUACGGCGCAGCCGAAAGUCUGGCAGAACAAUGGUCCGAGACCAAAGUCCCUACUUCGACAUCAUCCCGCUUCGCCAACAUCGGGUUUGACCUUGACGCCCAGGGCGCCAACCUCGGCGAGCUUGAGUCGCAGCUGAAAGAGAGGGAGUGGAGUGGAAUCAUCGUCGGAUGGUGCUCUCGUGGUAACAUUGAGUUCACUGAGCUAUUCGAAUCGGUCGUUACGAUCUGUGUCGACUACAUCGUUGAAAGGAAGAAGGGGGAUGUUUCGCAGAAGGAACCGAAGCUGAUCUUUUGUCGUGGGCCGGAUGAUUUCGUCAACGCGACGGUGCGCAAUUUUCCCAAUUGAGAUUAAGAGAUAAGAGUAGUCCUUGGUUUUAAUAAACUGGUUAAUUCGCAUUGCCAGAAG